GUAGUGCCCGGAUUAGGAAGUAGUAUUCUGCUGUCAGUUGAGAAAUCUGGACAAUGAUUUCAAAACUGUUUAUCGUGUCAAAAGCAGGAGAAAUAUUGAUUGAAAAAGACUACAGAAAUGAUUUUUCUGCACCACCAGAAGUCUGUUUCCAGGAGAAAGUGAAAUCUUCCAGAGGAUUUAGUAUACAGCCUCAUUUUCAGAAUGAUAAUGGGAUAAGUUUCUUCAACAUUCAGCGUAAUGAUAUCUAUCUGGUGGCGUGUUCUGCCUCACCCCUCCUUCCUGUCAUGGUCAUUGAGUUACUUACAAGGUUCUACCAUAUAUGUAAAGAUUUCUGUGGUGUGGUCAGUGAACUGUCAGUAAAAGAAAAUAUUCUGCUUCUGUAUGAAUUACUGGAUGAGUUCAUGAAUGAAGGGUAUGUUCAGCUAGCAUCUACUGAGAAACUCCGUCCCUAUAUCCAGUCUACACCAGUUGUUGUUCAGAAGGAGAGGUCUCCGGCAACAGAAAUAUCCUCCAGAGUUUUUGGUAUAGAGACGAAAACAGUAUCAGGAUCAGCAUCCAGUAAACCAGUGGUGCAGUCACCCAGUGAGCAGAACAGGAAUGAACUGUAUGUAGAUGUGAUUGAAAGAAUGUCUGCAGUGAUAGCAGCUGAUGGUACAGUUUCACAAAUGGAGGUGAAUGGUUCUGUUAACAUCAAGAAUUUCCUGGUGGGCUCUCCACAGAUCAAAAUUGUUCUAAAUGAGGACCUUGUUGUCUCAGAGUCAAAAGAAAAAGGCUAUGGUUCCAAUGUACAGUUGGACAGAUGUACCUUCCACAGCUGUGUAAAACAGGAAGACUUCACGACUGCAAAGACACUUACGUUCGUACCACCUGUAGGAGAGAUAUCAGUUCUGAGUUACAGUGUCAGUGGAGAGAUGUGUUUAAAUCAGCCAUUCACUUUGAGGUCAUUUGUUGGAGAUGCUGACGGAAGCAGAGAUGUUCGAGUAACUUUGAGACUGAAGAGUAAUUUUCCAUCUAACAUCGUAGCUGUAAAUGUGAAAGUGAGAUUCUCCUUACCAAAAUCUGUAUCAAGUAUUUCAUCAAAAUUUUCCAGUGAUGAGCAAACAGCAGUUGUCAAUAAAGCUGACAAGCAGGUUGUUUGGAGUUUGAAACGUCUGCCAGGAAAAACUGAAUGUAUAGCAGAAUUAAGGUUGAUCAACCAGGGAAGUGGUAAAUUAAGUCAACAAGAAAUUGAUCCUGUAGUACUUGAGUUUGAGAUUUCUGGAUACACAAGUUCUGGAUUAAGAAUACAUGGAUUAAAGGUGCAGGGAACAGAUAAGGGUCAACAGCGGAAACAGUUUGUAAGACUGAUAACAGCUAGUGAUUCAUACGUGUUCAGAACUUUUUGAUCACUUUAUUUGCAUUGUACCUGGUAUUUUCUAAAAAGUGAGAUAUUGCAGUUGAGAGAUGUAACUAGUGAGAAUGGAAAGAAACUGUUGUAAUUAAUGCUGAUUGAUUACUCAUCUUUUCCUGUGUCAAAGACUUGGGGAUUUAUUGGCUGGUAUGAGACUUCCUCCACCCCAUCUUCAAAGAAGAAGAAAACGUAUAUUGUUUUGUGCAUUGUCAGUUGGUCAGGAGACCAUUUGGUUUUCGACCAUUAACUAGAGAAUGCUUAGUCUUUCAAUAGUCAAACUUAAUAAGAUGAUUACCUGUGGUCAGUAGAUGACCCUUAUUACACUGGUUUUUCAAUCCCAAGCAAUAGGUAGAAAACUGGUUACUAAAAAUGGAGCCGAGGAGUAACUCACUGAGAAAAAAUGCUUUGUAUAACAGUAUGGAUUCUCUCCCUUUACCAGGUUUGUUCCUUGUAUCACUUAAUUCCGAGUGUCAAAGCUAAAGAUUAUGUUUCAAUGGCCCUUGUCUUUCCAUACAUUUGGGUUAUGUUGGCAGUGGAAUUCGAUUGAUCUGGAUGAAAAGAUUGAACAUUACUGAUACAUGUUUCAAAAGUAACACCAAAGGUAGCUUCAAUUUUGAAAAAGUAUUUUGUGUUUAAGCUGUGGUCAGUAGAGAUGAGUUGGUUCUUCUUUUUUUUUCAUAAUUUUCAAACCUUAUCAUGGUACAGUACGUGUAGAGUGUAAUUUUAUAAAUCAGUUUGGAGACCAGUCUUAGAAUACAGCCUUGCCAUUGGUUAAUUUUUAAACUUCACUCAAAUAUAACCAAUCAACUUGCUUGAAUUUGAGACUGGUUUCCAAACUCUUCAUUUUAAACAUGUUAUUUACUGCCAGUCUAUAUCCAUUUCCUUAUCUGAACAAGUAUUUGUAAGUCAUUUUUCAAUGAAAAUCAUUAUUUUAUUGUAGAAUUUCUUUAAUCACAGAUUGUCAUUGAUGCUACUUGCAUCUUUAAGAGAUGAACUAAAUGAAGGUUGUACAUGUAUUUUGUUUCAGUGGCUUAAACUACCCAUAGCUCAAACAAAUAUACUGGUCCCAUUGAGUUCAAGCAAACAAUGUCCGAUUGCAAAGGCAUUCAUAAAAAGCUUGUUUUCUGAUCCUUUGCAUUAAUUUGAUUGCCAAUUUAUUUAUACUAAUUUGUUUUGAUUGUUAUGAAAGCUUUGAUUGUCAUUUUGUUUGGUUGUAUGUAUGUAAUUUAUAUGCAUAAUAAUAUGUAAGAAAUAAUGUUUAAAUAAAUAGUGCUCUGACAAA